GUAACAUCUGUGUUUUCACGUUUUUCGCGUAGCCGCUGUACGCCAACGGCAGAGGGUUGCGCUGAAGGUUAAACCACUGGCUGGGGCGCAGCUGGAUAGCAACACCAGUUGUGUUACGUCGGCUGCUUUAUCAGAUGGCGUAAGGUUACGCUGGUGGCAUAGAUACGCCUGUGGCGCAAUUGGCAAGGGGGAGGAGGUGGACAUGGCGGCUCCGGCGUGAGGCGGAUGGGCCGGAGGGGGAAGAAGCUUGCGACCGGGAGGCAGACCAACCAUGAGUCCCGAACUUGGUCUGUAAAGAGCAAACUGCUCUCCAUUGCAAUGAUGACAGGGGACUGUUGCCACCUUCCCGGUUCCCUGUGUGAUUGCAGAGGGAGUGCCACUUUUUUGAAGUCUUUGGAAGAUCCAGACCUUGGCAAACCUCAGUAUAUCACCCAAGUAACAGCUAAGGAUGGCCAGCUACUUUCUACAGUGAUCAAAGCUUUGGGCACACAGAGCGAUGGACCCAUUUGCAGAAUAUGUCAUGAAGGAAGUAAUGGAGAGAGACUUUUGUCUCCAUGCGACUGCACUGGAACACUGGGUACAGUACACAAGAGUUGCUUGGAGAAGUGGCUGUCCUCCUCCAAUACAAGUUAUUGUGAAUUGUGUCACACAGAGUUCACCGUUGAAAGAAGGCCAAGGCCUGUGACAGAGUGGCUGAAGGAUCCAGGUCCACGAAAUGAAAAGAGAACCCUCUUUUGUGACAUGGUCUGUUUUUUAUUUAUAACCCCACUGGCAGCCAUCUCUGGCUGGCUGUGUCUCCGUGGGGCACAAGAUCACUUGCAGUUCAACAGCCGACUUGAAGCUGUUGGCCUUAUUGCUCUCACUAUAGCACUUUUUACUAUAUAUGUUCUUUGGACAUUGGUAUCAUUCCGCUACCACUGCCAGCUAUACUCCGAGUGGCGUCGGACCAAUCAGAAGGUUUUGCUGCUGAUUCCAGAUUUAAAAAUGGCUUCCACUACACAACAUUCCUUAAUCUCCUCCAAACUCUUAAAGAAAGUGGCAGAUGAGACCACUGUAUGAGACUUGACAUUCAGACCCGAAGGUCUGGUAUUAUUUGUGGAACAUUUUACUUUUACUAAUAUAUAUUAUACAAUCCAACAAAAGUGGAGUGAAAAAUAUCAAUAAAAAAACAAAAAAUAAGUGGUGACUUGCAAUAUAUUAAAACAGGUAUACCUUUUAUACCUUGCAGGAAAUUUCCUUGCAUGGUCUAGGCAUCCAUAUUUUAUAUAUGUUAAAAUGUUGUGCUAUUCUGUUUACUUACCUACAUGUUUUAGCAAUGAGUGCAGGAUUGAAGAGGUUUAAUACAUCAAAAUAGAAGUACCACGUUUAAGAUGUAUGGUGUUUCAUUUUAUGUUCAAACAUGUACAAUUCAAUGCACCUCAAUUAUAGCACUAAAAGAAAAUAACCCAAAUAAGUUAUAUACUUUAUAUAAGUUAUGCUAAAAUAUUAAUGUAAGAUAAUAAACAUGCUAGAAAAACAAAAUAUAGCCUAUGCUUAUAGAUUAUUGCAUUCCUAAAACAUCAUAGCUUUUAAAGGGUUCUUUUACUAUACCAAUGAUUCUUACACCAUCAGAUAAACAAGGACUAUACUUUUAUAAUGAUGACAUAUUGACUUGGUUACAACUGACUAUGUUCUUUGAGGUGUGUCUUGGAAGCUACUGACCUAUUUAAUAUAAAUCUGUCUGUGUAAUAGUAGAUGCCUGCACUUUGUAGUACAUUGCACCACAAUGUACAACUUUUUCAAACUGUGUUUUGAAUAUAUAAACCAUAUGCAUAACUGGCAAA